AUGGUCAAAGUCGCAGUAGCCGGUGGAGCAGGCAGUAUGCAAAUUAUCUGCUUGACCCAGUUUCUUGAUCCUGUUACAACAACAAACCCAUUCCAAGCCCAAUUUGCUCACACGGCGGUUUUAGACGUGGCCACAGAGAUCCUGCGUGCCCCUAUUGCCUCUGGAAAACAUUCCAUUACUAUCUUUACGCGUGGCAGUCCGCCUGCUACUAGCCCCAGUCCCAAUGUCUCGUACAAACAGGUCGACUACCGUGAUCUCGACUCUCUCACCGAAGCCUUGAAAGGGCAUGAUGUUUGCCUCAGCUUUCUAUUGGUCUCCCUCGACACCAACAGCACCGCCCAAAAAAACCUAAUCCACGCGUGCAUAUCCGCAAAAGUGCGCCGCUUCAGCCCCUCGGAAUGGGGCGUCAAAAACGGUUCAGGAAUGCCGCCAUACGCCAACAAAGAGCUCAUCGCAUCCUACCUGGCCACCCUCCCCGAAACCUCGGGCCCAGCCCCAACGCUAGAAUACUGUCUUUUCCAGCCUAGCAUCUUCAUGGAUUACUUUGGCCACCCGUACCCGCUGUCGCCAGGUCUCCCGACGUGGUCGUUCUUCAUCGAUCUAGCGGCGCGUCGCGCAGUUAUCCUCGACCACGGCGAUCAUCCGAUCGUGUUGACGGCCGUGAACGAUGUUUCGCAGAUUCUUUGUCUGGCGCUGUCUUCGACGGAGCCUUGGCCGCGGGUUGGCGGGAUGCGCGGGGCGCUGACGACUCAGAACGCGAUCCUCGCUUUGGGGAAGAAAUUGAGGGGUGGCGAGUGGACUGUUGAGUAUGUGCGUGGCGAGGAUAUCGAGAAGGGGGUGUUGACGUCCGAGUGGGUGCCUAGGAUGACGCAUCAUGCUAUCCCUGAGGAAAAGAGGGAUGGGUUUAGUAGGGAUUUUAUGGUCAUGAUGAUGCAGGGGGUUUUGAGAGGGAGUUGGGAGGUUGGUACCGAGUGGAAUGAGAGGUUCAAAGAGUAUGAAUUUAUGGGGUUGGAGGAGUAUCUUGGGAAGGCUUUUGAGGGGAAGCCUUGA